GCAGAGCUUGUGAAAGGAGACCCCUGUUACAUCAGAUCGAGCAAGACAGGAAGUUUACACAGAGCAAAACUAUUUGCUAGAAUUGGUUUUGAUCCUUACGAAAGUUGCCGUUAGUGUCGGAGAUGCUGCCAUCAGGAUUCUGUUGCACAAAGAGAAAGAUAUAGAAAUCUCUCUCUCACACGUGAAUUUCUUCCUUUUCCCAUCCCCUUGCCAGGAACGCCGGAAAAGGAUCCCAGGCUGAUUGGAGGCAUUAGGCUGUCAGUUUGAAUCCCAGUGAUUGAGAAGGAAAUGUGGAUAUUAACCAGCUAAUGGUGGAGGGAAAAGGAACUCGAGGAAAUAAACGCGAACUGGACCUUUCGCCAAGGCUCGCUUGUUCGGAAAGCCUCGGUCUUUCUGAUAGUUGCAGGACCUGGCCUAGGGCUAAGUUUCCUCUCUGAUACUUCUCUUGCACCUGGAGUGCUGGCCGGAAGGGAAGCUCCUGGACUUUAAUAGACAUGGAUCUUGGUUGAAGUCUCUAGGACAAAGCCUACAGCUAUCGAAAUCUCCUUGUCACCACUGCCUCUCCACCAAGGUUUGGGCUGCUUUCUUUCCAACUUCACAGAUCAUAAUUGAGAAAGGCAGAAACGCUCCAGAUGUCUUCCGGUAGAUACCAAGUUUCUAUCCCAAUGUCAAAAAUAAACACCAAUGGCCUCCCGGGGACCACCUCCAAUGACCUGAAGACGUUUACUGGAGGAGCUGUGUUAAGUUUUCAUAACAUCUGCUAUCGCGUAAAAGUGAAGAGUGGCUUUCUAUGUUGUCGGAAAACUGUUGAGAAAGAAAUACUAACGAAUAUCAAUGGGAUCAUGAAACCUGGCCUCAACGCCAUUCUGGGACCCACAGGGGGAGGCAAAUCUUCGUUGUUAGAUGUCUUAGCUGCAAGGAAAGAUCCACAUGGUUUAUCUGGAGAUGUUUUAAUCAACGGAGCACCUCGACCUGCCAAUUUUAAAUGUAACUCAGGUUAUGUGGUACAAGAUGAUGUCGUGAUGGGAACUCUGACAGUGAGAGAAAACUUACAGUUCUCAGCAGCUCUUCGGCUUCCAACAACUAUGACAAACCGGGAAAAAAAUGCACGAAUUAACAUGGUCAUUCAAGAGUUAGGUCUGGAUAAAGUGGCAGAUUCUAAGGUUGGAACUCAGUUUAUCCGUGGUGUGUCUGGAGGAGAAAGAAAAAGGACUAGUAUUGCCAUGGAGCUUAUUACUGAUCCAGCCAUCUUGUUCCUGGAUGAGCCCACAACUGGCUUAGACUCAAGCACAGCAAAUGCGGUCCUUUUGCUCCUGAAGAGGAUGUCUAAGCAAGGACGGACAAUCAUCUUCUCCAUUCAUCAGCCUCGCUACUCCAUCUUCAAGCUGUUUGACAGCCUCACCUUGCUGGCCUCAGGAAGACUCAUGUUCCACGGGCCUGCUCAGGAGGCCUUGGAGUACUUUGAAUCCAUCGGUUACCACUGUGAGCCCUAUAAUAACCCUGCAGACUUCUUCCUGGAUGUCAUUAAUGGAGACUCCUCUGCUGUGGUGCUAAACAGAGAGGACAGAGAUGAUGAAGCCGAGGAAACUGAAGCGCCUGCCAAGAAAGAUACCCCACUCAUAGAUAAAUUAGCUGAGUUUUAUGUCAACUCCUCCUUCUUCAGAGAAACCAAAGUUGAGUUAGAUCAGUUCUCAGUAGGUCCGAAAAAGAAGAAGAGUCUUGCCUACAAGGAGAUCACCUAUGCCACCUCCUUUUGUCAUCAGCUCAAGUGGAUUUCCAGGCGUUCUUUCAAAAACUUACUGGGUAAUCCUCAGGCUUCUAUAGCUCAGAUCAUUGUAACAGCCAUCCUGGGACUGGUUAUAGGUGCCAUUUUCUAUGACCUGAAACAUGAUCCUACAGGAAUCCAGAACAGAGCCGGGGUGCUCUUCUUCUUGACAACCAACCAAUGUUUCAGCAGUGUGUCAGCCGUGGAGCUCCUGGUGGUUGAGAAGAAGCUCUUCAUACAUGAAUAUAUCAGUGGAUACUACAGAGUGUCAUCUUAUUUCUUUGGAAAACUGUUGUCUGAUUUUCUACCCAUGAGGAUGUUGCCAAGCAUCAUAUUUACUUGUAUAACGUACUUCAUGUUAGGACUGAAACCAGUGGUGGAGGCCUUCUUCAUCAUGAUGUUUACCCUGAUGAUGGUGGCGUAUGCGGCCAGUUCUAUGGCACUGGCCAUAGCAGCAGGUCAGAGCGUGGUCUCCGUAGCAACACUUCUCAUGACCAUCUGUUUUGUGUUUAUGAUGAUAUUUUCGGGGCUGUUGGUGAAUCUCAGAACCAUUGCACCUUGGCUCUCGUGGCUUCAGUACUUCAGCAUUCCUCGAUAUGGCUAUACGGCUUUGCAGCACAAUGAAUUUCUGGGACUAAACUUCUGCCCAGGACUCAACGUAACAGCAAACAGUAGCUGUAGCUUUGCGACAUGUACUGGCGAAGAAUUUUUGGCAAACCAGGGCAUCGAUCUCUCACCUUGGGGCCUGUGGAAGAAUCACGUAGCCUUGGCUUGCAUGAUUGUUAUCUUCCUUACAAUUGCCUACCUAAAAUUGUUACUUCUUAAAAAAUUUUCUUAAAUUCCUCUUCGAUUUACACAAUUUACCCCACAUUAAAAAGGGAGCACCUUGACUUCAGUAUUCAGUGAA